CGAAGGGCCGAACGGUCGUCCUUGCGCGCUGAGCUGUGGCUGGGGUUGGUGUUGGUUCCGUUCGAGGUGUCUCACUCAGUUCCUCACAUACCGCCGCGCUGCCAGGGAAUCUAAGGUGGUCCCUGACUCUCUCUCUCUCUCUCUCUGAAAGUGAGACAGAGAUCUGUCCGAUCCCCUCUCAAACCCUUCACUGUGUGUGUCUGUGUGAGAGAGGGAGGAUUCCAAGAUCCACUUUAGUUUCUCUCCAAAAUACAUUUUCUUUUUGCCUUGCCGUGGGGAGCCAGGUUGCAAAAAUUUCGAAUCAAAGCCCAGCAUCUCGCGUUGUGGGGCAGGAGGGACUGAGACAGCGAUCCGUUUGAGAACCAGACCAGCGUUGGAGAGAUCCCCGGAAUUCGGGAUCUGUGGAGCCGAUCGAGUGUGAUCUUGUGCCCGGCGCAGGUUAAGCAUGCUAAUCGUGCCUCUUCAUAUUGGCUGGCUCUGUCUGUGCUUGGCUUCUGCUGCAUCUCUACACGAGACAGCACCCAUAGGGGACGAUGAGAAGAUAGUGAACAUAAAGAAGGUCCAACACCUGCCGGUGGUCAGGGGAUUAUCAGACUCAGCACUCCUUCCCUGUGUCUUCUCCGUGCUUCCAAGCUCGGCCAUCGACCCUUCAUUGCUCCCUGACCCCCCGCGCAUCAAGUGGACUAAAGUCUUGCUCGACGGUGGUAGCCGGAAGGAAAUCCCUGUGCUGGUGGCCAAGAACAACACGGUGAAGUUAAACCCGGCCUAUCAGGGCCGUGCCAGUCUGCCUGGCUAUGGCCCCUACCACUACAAUGCCAGCCUCGAGAUUGUCUCUCUGCAAGCAAGCGACACAGGCAUCUACCAGUGUGAAGUGGUUGUGGGGAUUGAUGAUGAGCAAGACACAGUGCCUCUAGAGGUCCUGGGGGUGGUGUUCCAUUACCGUGCUGCCAGCAACAGGUACUCCCUCACCUUUGAGGCUGCCUCACAGGCCUGUCUGGACAACUCAGCGAGGAUCGCCAGUCCCCACGAACUAUUGGCUGCUUUUCAGGACGGCUUCGACCACUGCGAUGCUGGUUGGGUUUCUGAUCAAACUGUCCGAUACCCGAUUAGGUCACCAAGGCCUGGUUGCUAUGGAGAUAAAUUUGAAUACCCUGGCAUCAGAACGUAUGGAAUUCGAGAUCCUAGUGAGCAGUAUGAUGUCUACUGUUAUAUCAAAGAACUUAAAGGCAAUGUAUUUCAUGAGACGACCACUCUGAAAUUGAACCUGACUGAGGCUAUGCAUCAAUGCCAGAUGCAGGGAGCUCAACUAGCAACUGCUGGCCAACUGUACAUGGCCUGGAAUCAGGGCUUCGAUCAGUGUGACGCUGGCUGGCUGGCAGAUGGCAGUGUGCGUUACCCCAUUAACAUUCCUCGAAGAAACUGCGGCGGAGAUAUGCCGGGUGUCAGGACGGUUUACCAACUCCCAAACAGGACGGGGUUUCCUGAUGCUGGGUCAAAGUAUGAUGCCUACUGUUUCAGAGCUGGUGAUGUACAGCCAUCCACAAAGCAAAGGGUGAAUCUUGAAGGAGCUUCUCCAUUUGAAAAUUCAGAGCGACUGAUCCCACAACUGUCCGCGGCACAGGGAGGGGACGAAAGUUCAAACACAGUGACGCCUAUUUCAGGCAAGCUGUCCUUCAAAGAAUGGCCCUUACUCUCUGGGACUGAACUCACUGAGCUGUCAAAGCAAGUGGAGGAACCACCAUCCCAUAAUCUCACUGUCACACAGCAGACAGUGCAGGAACAUCUGGAGCGACACACCCCAACAGCUGAUUCAGAGCAGCCCCAUUUCUCUGGAAAAGACUCUUCACUCUCCAUUCACCCAGAGGAACACAACUUAAGCCCAACUGCCUCCAGCAAUUUAGCCCCAGUCAACAGCAGGAACUCUUCUGGUAAUCUGCUUGAUGUGUUAAAUGAGCUGGACAUUUCUGAAGGAAGUGGACUGGACUAUAGUGGUGACCACUUUGAUAACUCAACCAGGGGAAUGACCUUGGCUAGUUAUGCAAGCCCAACCGUGACAGCUGAGGGGCCAAAGGAGGAAGUAUCUCACAAUUCCAGUGACCUGAUUCAAGCAAGCCCAGCUCUCGUAGCACUUGACGUUGUGACCAGUGCAUUUAAUCCAGAAGAGAAAGCCAAUGCAACACAAGGUCAAACAUCUGAAAGAGAGCCAACACAACAGCCAGAGUCCACUACUCUCAACAGAGCGUCUCCUGGCAUUUCAACGCCUUCAGCUUCCUCAGAUUCAGAUGGAUUCAAUCUGCAAGCUGUUACUGUGAGUUUAUUGGCUAAAGAGAUGAAAUCGGACAUUGUUGUUAUUGGUGAAUCCAAUGAGUUGCCUCCACCAGGGCCAGAGCCUAUGUCCAAAAAUGAGCUUGACACUGACUGGGAGUUCUUAGGGAAACAAUUCUUGAAAAGCAAGGCAACUGAAGUUAUGACUAUUGAACUUUCCAACCAGCAACUUGAUAAUCUACCCAUCAUCGAACCUGAAACAACUGAGAGCAUUAUUAAAGACACAACUGUAGUUACAGAGCGAGUCUUAACCAGUGCAUCACAAGCGUCGUUGUAUAUUCCAACUCCUUCUCACAUUGUGACUGAUCCAAAGGCAUGGCUGCAAGUUGUCACAGGGCAACCUAGAAGAGAAAGUUCCUCUGUCCACCUCACCAAUGAGAAGGAUGGGGAGCAAGUCAUCACACCGCUCAGUGGGAAUGAUCAGGAUGGUUCAAAAUUCAAAAGGGCUCAUGAGGAGCUUUGGCUGCUAGACAGACAAAGUCAUAAAACCGAGAAGCCAUCUUCGACAGAAACAACUGAAAUAACCACAGUCAGAAACGAAGAGAGCGAUUCUUCAACCCAAGAGUUGGAAAGUUCCAGAAAUAUUGCCACAGUGACAAACAACUCAAGCACCAGUACUGUAGGUAGAACUUACUUAGAAAUGGUCACUGAAGCUUCUGGAGAUGUGAUUCCCAGAGAGGAUAAAGAAUAUCUUUCAGCAGUGACUAAGCACACAAAUAUUUAUAGGAAAUUGGGAAUCUAUGGUCAACACCAAGAAGGAAAUAAUUCUCAAUCAUCAAAUAUUAGCAACAAGGCAUGGGAAGAGCAAACUGCUGUUUCAUUGCUGCUACCAAACAUCAGCAAGAACAGAAUUCCUCCUGAGGAGAACAGAACUACAGGCAGUGAUGAGGGUGAGAAGCCAUUGGCUGUGGUAGGUGUUACACAUGGGCUGAAGGCCCUUCAGCCUCACAUUGUCACAGAUCACCCGGGUGGAGAAUUCUCUGAGCGGUCCUCAGUUCCAGUGAGACCCACGACAGGGUAUGUAGGCCUCCUUCAAGAGGGAGCUGGCACCUUGGCAACUGGUGACCUUGGAGGAAGUGGCGAUGGAGAAACGAUUUUCCUAAACCAGCACCAGACCGGUUCAGAUGCUGCAGAAAAUCAUUCAGGAACUCCAUCUGGACAUGAGAGUGAUCCAGAAGAAAGACAGACUUCAGCAGACAGUGUGCCAGACCCCCUCAAAGCUUCUGAGGAGGAACUCCAAGAGAGGACAUUGGCUUUUGAGGGACAUGUUAACAGUUUGACCCAGCCCACUCCACAUUCCACAGCACUCAUUGACACCUCAGUGCCAAAAGACAAUGAAGAACAUCUGACAGAAGAAACAGAGCUGACAUAUUUAAUAAUGCCAGAGAGGGAGACAGAGUCCCUGAAUGGGUUGGAUGGAAGUCAGCCACUUGGCAAACAAAUGCCCAGCACUGUUCAGUCUUCUGUAGUGAAUACAACAGAUGGAAAUGAAACAAGCAGUCAGCCACCUACAAAGAAACUGAUGGCUUCAAAUGAAAUUGAGCAAACAAUGAAUAAACUGUCUGAAACAGAAAGAGAAGAUAUUAUGUCAGUGACGGGUGCCUCAGGAAUUGGAUUAUUAUUACACGGAGAAAAAUUCCCUGAGGCCCACAGAGACCACUCAAAAUCAGUAACAUUUGCUUCUGGCAGUGCAGUGCUUGCUACUACAUCUACUGAGGUAGGACAGGGGCCAUUACACUCAACAACGUCAAAUGUUGUUAGGAAUACAGAGAUAGUGUUGACAAGUGUAACAGGAACGGUUGACAGGAAAGAAGGCACAGGAGUAUCUGGCCUGAGUCCAACAGCCAAGUCAACUGCACACGUUGUCAAGGAAACUGAGGAAGCAAUACCUGCAGUUACAGUCUCAUCCAUUACUCAAGAUUCACACGCAGAAUUGGAGCUUCCCAGAACAGUAGCCAUCACAGCAGAACAGUCAAUGGUGCCCACUGUCUUAGGCACAGUCGGGUUAGCAGAGGAAGAAUUGCAGAGAUUGGAGAGGCCAGAGAGAGCUGGUGAAGACACUGCUUUCACAGAAAGCCCUGCGCUGUUCACUUCCAUUCCUUUUCCCACCCCGUUGCACAAUCUGAACUUAUCUCAUCAUGAAUCCACAACUGUUGAUGAUAGCAUGGAGCACAUGAUUCCGUCUGUGCCUCACGAUGCUGAAACUCUGCCCUCAGAAACAUGGAUAUCUUCACCAUAUGAAGAAGCUGAUGGAUCGGGGGCAGCAGAGCAGAUGUUAGUCACCACUGACCAAAUGGCUGAAGAUCCGACCGGGUCAGCCUUGGAGCAAGAGAAAGAAAGUUCAGCAGUAACUCCAUCCAUUGUUAGCCUCAAUGACUUGGACGAAGAACUGGUCUUUCCAAUAACAGAGGGGUCAAACCCUUGCCAGACAAACCCGUGCCUACAUGAGGGAACCUGUGUAUCCAACAGGACCGUCUACACCUGCAACUGUGUUCCGGGAUUUACUGGAGAAAACUGUGAGAUAGAUAUUGAUGAGUGUCAAUCCAGUCCCUGUGAAAAUGGCGCAACCUGUGUCGAUGGAAUCAAUUCCUUCACUUGUCUCUGUUUACCGAGCUACGCUGGCAGGUUGUGUGAGGAAGAUACGGAGGGAUGUGACCACAACUGGCAGAAGUUCCUGGGCCAUUGCUAUCGAUACUUCUCACACAGGCGCCUGUGGGAGAACGCAGAGAAGGAUUGCCGAGGACAUGGGGCACAUCUUGUCAGCAUUCAUUCAGCUGAGGAGAAGGAGUUCUUAAACAGUCUGGGUCGGGAGUACACUUGGAUUGGCCUGAAUGAUAGGACGAUUGAGGAGGAUUUCCAAUGGACUGAUGGCUCUUCAUUGCAAUAUGAAAACUGGAGGGAAAAUCAGCCGGACAGUUUCUUUGCUGGAGGAGAGGACUGUGUGGUCACUAUCAAACACGAAAAUGGGAAGUGGAAUGAUGUACCGUGUAACUAUAACCUGCCCUACAUCUGUAAGAAGGGAACAGUGCUAUGUGGUCCACCCCCAGUUUUGGAACAUGCUGUGACACUUGGAAGGAAGAAAGCUCGUUACGAGAUCCACUCACUGGUCAGGUAUCAGUGUGAGGAUGGUCUUAUCCAACGUCACAUCCCGACCAUCAAAUGUCACAGCAAUGGCAAGUGGGACAAGCCGAAAAUCCUCUGUCUUAACCCCACAUCCGGUAACCGCAGAUCACGAAGGCAUCAGCAUAAAUCCAGCAGGAAAGACAAGCGAAAGCACAAAAGGAACCUGGACUUGCAUCAACUGGAUAUGAAACCCUUUUACUGAGCAGACCAGAGAGCCUGCCAGAGUUACGAGGGGGGAUCAGGAUUGCCACUUCACAUACUGAAAUCUUACAAAAUGUUUCAUUUCGAACACUACCCCUUCAGGGGAAGGAAGGGGUAGAUUUUUUUAGUUUCCGAGAAUUCUGUCACGUAUUUUUCUAAAAAAUAUUGUGGGGCUUAAAGAUAAAACUUUUCGACUGACAGGCAGUGGUUGUGAAAUGAGAACAGUGAUUAAGUUCACUGAAGUAACAGCAAACUUUUAAUCUCAAUUGUAAACAAAAGACUAUCCCGUAAACUUUUACUAUUGGAAAAGGCACAAUAGUACUUCCUGUUAACUGAUUUACUAGAUUAUAAAUGAAGUUGGUUUAACAAAACAGACACUAGAUUGAUUAUAGGCCCUGUUAGACACUUCCCCAUGUAACUGCACUGUGCCAUGCUAGUAACAGAACCAUUAAUGUAUUUGCCAUACUCUUUCUGAACUUGUUAAACUCUGUUAAUUAAAAACAGGUUAACACUUGCAUUAAAUAACAGACAGAGAGAUUUUGUACAAAUGCUUUAUUGGAUGUGUUACUGGCAAAUGCUCCAGUUAAAGCCAAUUCCUAAAGGAAAUGUCAGUGGCUUGAUUUUCAAUUGGGGGGGGUUAAUUGUCCAUGUCAAGGAUUAAUCACAGUUGAGCCUCGUCCUGUGUGGAGAGCAUCCAAACACCCACUUCCCCAACGGAACUCAAUGGAAUAGUCAGUGGCAUCAGCUCCUACUGAGCCCAGGAGUCACUAACUCAGCACUGACCACUAGUUAAAACUCAAAAUCUCCUGAUUUUAUGUGGGCCAAUCAUAUGUUUAUCCAUCAAGCCAUUGAAAGAAAGUUCUUUCUUUCAUUGCUAGUCAUGGAAAGUAAGAUUGGACUCUAGUCAGAGAGAAAGGGAUGUUAAUAGGAUCCCGAGAAAUAGGCAGAUGUUCUGCUCAGUGACAUUGAGCUUAGCAUUUAUUCAACUUGCAGCUUUGUGGAUUUACCCUCAUGGCCACAGGUAAAGGUACGUUUUUGUUUUUGAUAUUUGGAAUGUUAAUUAGGCAUUGUUUCCUACAUAGGAUCUGAGGUUUUCCCAGACAGGGAGACUGUGGAGUCUAAGAAAAGCAUAAGAGGUGCCCACUCUGCCCAUUGAGUAACUGAUGUGUUUUGCAAGCCCAAUUUAACUAAUUCCAUUCCUGAGUCCUUUGCAUGUAUCCUUGCAAACACUUUCCCAUCCUGCACUGAUCUGACUUCCUUUCGAAAGCCACGAUCACAUCUGCCUCCUACUACCCCUUCACGAUGCCAGGUCAUGGUCAAUCUAAUCACAUGAUGCAUCACAAGUCAGUGAAUAGCUAGUUCUGCCAUCCCACUCAGGCAGAGCUGAGCGUUCGGAAUGUAAUUGCUCCGAAUUUGCCAACUCUGCUCCUCCAAGAUGUUAAAUCAUGUGACCGCCUGCCUCCCAGUGUUCCGCCCCAAGUCUCCUCCCAAUGGCCCCGAUUGAGAAAACAACAAUCACUCAACUGGAUAAUUCUUGAUUGUCAGUCUAGACCCUCUUAUCCUCACUCAGGAUGCAGCUAGCAAAUAGGACUUUUGUGGAGCAGAGGUAGUGUCACUAUCUCUGAGGCAGGAGGUCUGUAUUUAAGUCUUUUACCUGUCACAACAAAACUGAACUGUUUGAUUGGAAUAUCCACGGGAAUGCGCUGGUGUGCUUUUGGGACUCUUGUGCAGACAAUGGUGAAGAGUUCUAGGUUCAAGUCCCAUCUGCUUCAGAAGUGUGUCACAGUGCUUCUGAACAACUUGAUUAAAAAUUCUCACAGCCAACAAACAAAAAACAUUCUAACAAAAAUCACACAAUUCUUUAAAAUUGGUUUUGAUGUCUUUCUCCUAUCGCAGUUGAUUUGAUUUGAUUUGUUAUUGUCACAUGUUCCGAAGUACAGUGAAAGGUUUUGUUUUUACAGGCAGAUCCUGCAGGGUUGGCAACUCUUGAGCUUGGAGACAGUGAGGUCUGCAGAUGCUGGAGAUCAGAGUUGAGAAUGUGUUGCAGGAAAAGCACAGCAGGUCAGG